AUGACAUCAAACACGCAUAUAUUUGGUCGAGAACAGUAUACCAAACGAAACCAUAAUGACGGCAAUGCAUCGGAUGAUAGUUUUAUAUUAAUGGCUGACGAUACUGAAGAUAAAGCACCAUUAUUAAAUGGUGCGAAUAAUACAGAAGUAGUAAGACCAGGAAUUAUAUCAAAUCAAUCGCUCUUACAAUCAACUCAUUGUCAUGUACCGGAUGAUAAAUUUGAUUACGGUGCAAGAAAUCGUCUUAUUCUUGUACUAAUUAUUUGUAUCAUUUUUAUGAUAAUUGAAAUAAUCGGAGGUAUUCUUUCUAAUUCAACAGCUGUUGUAACAGAUGCAGCUCAUAUGGCUAUUGAUGUUGCUAGUUUUUUAAUAUCAUUAACAGCAAUGUAUCUUGCAACAAAAAAACCAACAAAAAGACUUUCAUUCGGUUAUAUUCGAGCAGAGGUACUUGGAGCACUUCUUAGUGUAUUAACAAUUUGGUUAGUAACUGGUGUUCUUGUUUAUAUGGCUGUUGAACGUUGUAUUAAUCAAAAUUUUGAAGUACAACCAUUACAAAUGAUUAUUGUUGCAUCAUGUGGCGUUGUAUUCAAUAUUGUAAUGUUUUUUGUUUUACAUGCUAAUGUAUGUGGUACAUCAAUACCUCAUCAUGGUCAUUCACAUGGAAACAAUCAUGGUCAUUCGCAUGAAGAUAAUCAUGAUCAUUCACAUGCAAAUAAUCAUGAUCAUUCAAGUACAGAUAAUCAUGAAUAUUCACGUGAGGAAGAUCUUGAAAAUGCAGAUGCGAUUAUUAAUGCUUCACCAUUAGUUGCUAAUAUUGUAACUGGUCAAAAUCGAGAAAAAAUUUUAAAAGCAAAAAAAUCAUCGAAAAAUAUUAAUGUACGAGCUGCUAUUAUACAUGUUAUUGGAGAUUUUGUUCAAAGUGUUGGUGUUCUAUGUGCGGCUUUACUCAUUAAAUUUAAGCCACAAUAUAAAUUAGCCGAUCCUAUUUGUACUUUUAUUUUUUCUAUUCUUGUUCUUAUUACAACAAUUACAAUCAUGCGUGAUAUUAUCUUUGUUCUUAUGGAAGCUGUUCCAUCAAAUGUUAAUUAUUCACGAGUAGUUGAUGAUCUUCUUCAAUUACCUGGUGUACAAAAUGCACAUAGUUUGCAUAUAUGGUCAUUAUCACUGCAAAGAACAGCUCUAUCCGUUCAUAUUGCAAUCAGUCCUGAUCGAGAUUGUUUAACAGUAUUGAGGCAAGCUCAAGACAUGCUUCGUUAUAAACAUUCUAUUGCACGAACGACCAUACAGAUUGAACCGUAUGAUGAAUAUGUGAUGAAUGCAUGUGAAGAUUGUCGUCGACCGGAUACUUAA